AUGGCUGUUCCUCCGAUCAACUUUGCUUGCAUCAGUGCAGUUUUCAUUAUCCUUUUCACAAACCCAUGUGUUUGUCGAUUCAAUUGUCCUACCCAGGAGUCCCAAGCUCUUCUUUCCUUCAAAGAAGCGUUGAAUGUCUCCGAUGGCAUUCUCAGUUCAUGGGUUAAUGGAAGUGAUUGUUGCUCCAAGUGGGAUGGCAUAUCAUGCAAUAAUUUCACAUACCAUGUAGAGCGGGUGAAUUUGAGUGCAGAGCAAGGCGUGCAGAGUGGAGUCAUAUCUGGUGGUUUCUGCAACCUUCCUUUUCUCAAAUACCUCAUCCUAGCGAACAUUGGUCUAACUGGUACUAUUCCUUCCUGUUUAGGAAAUCUCUCUCGUCUUCAUUAUCUGGAUAUAAGAAACAAUAGCUUGAGUGGAAUUGUUCCCCCUGUGAUUUGUCACCUCACCAAUCUUAGUUUUAUAAAUUUAAGCUUUAACCAACUCAGUGGAAUAUUACCACCAUGUCUACAAAAUCUCUCCCUGCUUAAGUUCUUGGCCAUAUGCUUUAACCAGUUUGACGAGAGGCUUCAGCUUGUUGGUCUUUCCACCCUUGAGCAGUUUUAUGCUCGUAAUUAUUCAUUCAAGCAAGACGUUGAUUCAUCAGAUUUGGCAUUACCAUCCUCUCUAAAGAUUCUCUGGAUUUCCCACAUUAGUGUUUCAGAUACUUUGUUCCAUAAUCUUACGGAGUUGAAAUUGAUCUUUCUUAAGUAUUCUGUGUUGAAUAUUAGCGCAACUUGGAUUCCCCAGUUCCAGUUAGACUUCUUAUAUGUAAGCUCAUGUAGUAUUAUCGGUGGCCUAAUUCCCGAGUGGCUUGUCACUCAAUAUUCCUUACAGAAAUUGGUAUUCGCUGAUGGCAAUAUUGCUGGAGAAAUCCCCUCGUGGUUAUUGGAAAACAAGGAUAAGUUGUAUCUGUUAAACCUUUCAGGAAAUCAUUUACAUGGUAGCCUUACUAUCCCAAAUAGAUCGAUUCAUUGGAUGAGUGUAUUGGAUGUGUCUAGAAAUGAAUUGACUGGACCCUUGCCAUCAAUUUGGCCUCCAUUUCUACAAAUCUUGAUGGUCAAUGGCAAUGCUCUAAUUGGCAAUAUUCCUCCAACCUUGUGCAAUUUAAUUCACCUUGUAAAGAUAGAUCUGGCAAACAAUAAAUUAAAUGGAAGAAUUCCUCCAUGUUUUGCGAACUUUAAGGAAAUUCAAGUACUAAAUUUAGGAGAUAAUAGUUUGGAGGGAAGCAUACCCUGUGGCCUAUGCUCCUCCACUAUAAGUGUAAGAAAUAAUAGAUUAAGUGGAUCCUUCCCUACUUCAAUCACCCAUUGUAAGUCCUUAAAGCUCCUAGAUAUUGGGCGCAACAAAUUUGUUGGGGAUAUUCCAUUGUCGGUUGGAAAUCUAUCCUCUCUUAAAGUGUUGAUGAUGAAGGGUAAUCGUUUCAGCGGCAGCAUUCCUUCAGAAAUUGUCCAGCUAAAGCAGCUCCAGAUCUUAGACCUUUCCUCCAACAACUUGUCAGGCUCUAUUCCAGAUAACAUUUCAUCUCUGCAUACCAUGAGUAUACCGAGAGAAGAUGGCCAUAUGUUGUCUGAUCUAUUCAAGCCUUAUCAUGUAUUUCCAAGAGACAACGGCCUUAAGUCAUAUUCUGCGCUUAGCCCUUUCGAGACAUGGCUAAAUGAAAUUCCGUCUCACGAUGAAUUGGACAUGACUGUGAAAGGCUUAGAGCUCCACUACCCAUAUAUUCUUUCCACACUCACAGGCAUAGAUCUCUCCAACAAUCAAUUGAACGGGCAUGUUCCUUUUAAUUUUGGAAAGUUGAAGGGGUUGCGGUUUCUUAAUCUAUCAAGGAACAAUCUCAGUGGGAUAAUUCCACCCAGUAUGGGGAAAAUGGAACAACUAGAGUCAUUGGACCUUUCUACAAACAGAUUUUCUGGUAAUAUUCCUGCAGAGUUUCAAUCUUUGACUUCAUUGGCAUGCUUAAAUUUGUCCAACAACAACUUCUCAGGCAGCAUACCUCAAGGAGGACAGAUGAUCACAUUUGAGAACACAUCAUUUUCUGGAAAUCCGUAUUUAGAGGGAUGUCCACUUCCAAAGAAAUGUUCUUGGCCGAAAUUUUCUCCUCCUCUUUCUUCAACAAAUGUUAUGCAAGAUAAAAAUGAAGAUAAUAGAAAGCAAGUAUCGUGGUAUGGGAUUGCAGUAGGAUUUUCACAUCUAGCAGGUUUUUGCUGUGUACUGUUAUUGCUUGCAGUGAGAACGGGAUGGAGAAAGAAAUACUUCAAGAGGGUUGACAAGAUUUUGAAGUUUCUGUUUCCUUCCAUCCGUAAUAGGAGAUUAUGA